AUGAAGGAAGUUGAAAGAAUCUUCAGAGUGAUGGAUUGCACUCAUGUGCAAAAGAUCCGCUAUGGCACACAUAAGUUAACUGCUGAAGCUGACGAUUGGUGGGUUAAAACCCGCCAAAGGUUGGAACUUGCUGAUGAAGAAGUGACGUGGGAAGUGUUCCGAAGGGAAUUCUUGAGAAAGUAUUUUCCUGAAUACGUGAGGGGAAAGAAAGAAAUAGAAUUCCUUGAGCUGAAGCAAGGAAAUAUGUUUAUAACUGAUUAUAGGGCCAAGUUCAUUGAGUUGGCUAAAUUCUAUCCACACUAUGAUGGGCCAACUGGUGAGUUCUCAAAAUGCAUGAAGUUUGAAAAUGGCUUACGUCCUGAAAUCAAGAAGGUUGUUGGUUAUCAUAAAAUACGUGUCUUUGCGGAUUUGAUUGAUAGUUGUAGAAUCUUUGAAGAGGAUAGCAAUGCCCACUACAAAAUUAUUUCUGAUAAGAGGAACAAAGGUCAACAAAGUCGUGGGAAACCCUAUGAUGUCCCAGUUGGAAAAGGGAAGCAAAAAGUGGUUCAAGGGAGAAGAUAUAGUGGGGGAGAUGCUCCUUCUAGUAUCGUUUGCUUCAAGUGUGGAAAACCUGGCCACAAAAGUAAUGUUUGUGGAGGUGAUGUGAAUAAUAGGGAGGAUGAGAGGAGGUGUUUCUGA